AAAAAAUGAGACGGUCACAUAGAGAUAGCUCGAGCCCGCCAUUCAUGUAGCUGACAAGGAACUAGCUAGCUCCCAACGAGAUGACCGCGACACUAAAGUCAUUGCUUGAAAAGCACCUUUUCGUAGUGCAGCCCCGUAGAGAAGGGCGUAAAGCUCCAAGGGAGCCUGCACCCAACCCAGCAAAGUGGUUGUCCUGACGUCCUGACAGUAUUGGCACAGCCUGGUAGCAGCCGAGGCAAGGAGUAUCUAUUAGACUACAGCAGCUUCAGCUUCAGCUAGCUGUGGACGAAGGGUAUCUACGGUAUCAACGGCAUCAAGCUUGUGCGAAGGUGCUUCUCUGUGGCUACUGCCGGUAGUAGAGCUGUGUUUGUCGGGUUAAAGAAGACUAGCUACGGUAGACAAGAAGAUUGGUGAAGGAACCAUCGGCUGAGCAGCUUCACACGGCUUUGAAGAAGGAAACUUCUCUUUGCUACAACGGCAUUAUCCUAUCAAGGGUAUCAAGGGUAUCCUAUAGUAUCCUUUCAAGGGUAUUAUCUAUCCAUCCUGCGAGCUACCGUUCCUGCUACCCAUAGCUACCAAAGCAAUCCUAUCAUUAACUGAUCUGUCUACCUGAUUUGAUCUUAUCCUACCGUCUUUCCACACAUAUUUUAAUAAAACAACAACAACAACACUGUCACCAUGGGCAAGAAGAAGCGUCCCGGCGUCAAAUCGGCCGACUCGUUGGCAUCGAGUAGUUUUGUCAGUACCCGUUCGGGUCUCAAUCGCGGCAUGUCCACACGCAGCGGUAUCUCGACCAAGAGUGGCGGCAAAUCGAUUCGAUCCGGUGGCAGCAACGAAUGGGUCGACGACAAUGAAACAACCAUUGGAGCCGGCAGUACGCGUCCCGGCAUGACCAAAUCGGCCGGACAAUCGAUGCGAUCUUUGUUAAAGUCGGCCAAUUCCGUGGGUUCCGGUCUCGGCAUGGGUGGAUCGUCCAAUCACAGUGGCCACAAGAUCUCGUACAAGCAAAAAAAGGCCCGUCCUGGAUUGGCCGUGGCACCACAAGGCAUUUCCACCAUGAGUAGUAUGAGCGGGCAUCGACAAAAAAGCGGUCUUUCGCGAGGAUUGUCAUCCCACAGUGGCAUGUCGACGGGAAGUGGUCAUCGCCUCAAAAAAACGAGUCCUUCCAAUAGCGAACAUCAACCCAUGAAGAAACAAAUGUCCAUGCGAUCACUGUCGAGUGAAAAAUCCAAACAUGCACUCGCACGCAGUCGAUCCGGACGGAGUUUGGCAUCCGGCCAAUCGGGCCAUUCCGGACACUCAUCGGGCCAUUCCAAACGACUGGCGCCGGAACCACCCCCGUCCAACGAGGAUUAUUACGAUGAGUUUUCCGAGGGGGACGAAUACGAAGAAGAUAUGGAACAAUUCGAGGAAGACGAUCAAUACAUUGAUGAUGGACAAGAAGAGACUAUCAUCAUGCCACAAACAGAAGAAGAAAUUAGACAAGGAUUGCACACGGAACAAGUUACCAAAGGAUUCUUUCGGAAAAAGGUCCGCAGUAUCAAAUGGUACAGUGCCGAUAUCGACAAGGUCGAUGCUGGAAACUACGAGCCGGGUGAAACCAUUGAAGAAGAUGACGAAGAAGGAAGUGAAUACGAAACAGACUCGGACGAUGAUUCCGAAGAACAAGUCGUACCCGAUCCAUGGUACAUUGCGCUGGGACGUGGUCUACUCUUGUUGGAAAAAAAGGGAGAAGAAACCACACCCAUCAAACGAUGGCUUCGAUGUCUUACAUGGUGGACCUUUUUGUGCGAUGCCACGGCCGCCAUUGUCUCCUUGGUACAGUUUUCCGGUGUACAAGAAUGUUGUGGACAACCCAUUAUGAACCUCAGUGGUCUCAGUGUCAAUUGGUCCACCAUUAUCCGAUAUGCCACCAUUUUCUAUCUCAUCCUCAUCCUCCUGGAAGUCUAUCCCGUCCUCCGACGAGGCUUCCCCUUUAAUAUUGUCAAUCCUCUCAUUGGAUUCUUGAUCACAUUUGCACUCUUUUUCGACGAUUCCUACCUCGAAGCACUCAUCAUGUGGUGCAUUGAAACAUUUGCCGUACUAUCCGAAUUCGCCAUGUACCGGGUCAAGAUUCGACAAGUCAACAUGCGCGCCAUUGAAAUCAAAAAACUCAUGCCCAAGACUACCAAAAAGAAAGAAGCAUGGGAAGACGAAGACGCCUACCUCAAGGAACUCCACAAGGCACGGCGUAAAUACUACGUCCUAAAACAAGAACAGCGCAUGGAUAAGCGGGUCUUGCAGUACCUGCAUUUGGCCGUAUACAUGAAUAUCGUCAUGAGUUCUGUCGUGCUCAUGUUGAUUCUGGUCAUUGCUCGAAAUGGAGGAAUGUGCAUUGUGAACAAUCAAUUUCCCAAUCCAUUCCAAUCCAACCCACUGGAAAAGUGCACGUACUGUAACGAUCCCUCAGAAUUCUGUGAAGAAUGCAACGAUGCCACCGAGACGUACCAAUGCUACUUUCCGUACGAAUAAUAACAGUUUCGUCGAUGAUGGAUGGUACUAUGGCUGGCUGGUUCCAUUUGUUGGUUGGUUGCGAGAGAGAAUGUGUUGCUGCCUGGUCGAAAUCGAAUCAAAUCGAAAAGGGCGGACAACAACCACGCAGAACGAUCACCGUCUACGAGAAAAUGGGGAAGUUUUCUGUAGUGUGGUGCCAUGCAUGCGUGUCUGUCUUUUUGGCAAUUUCUUGACUCGCCUUUUUCGGUGUGCCCAUGCAGCGCAAAGAGUUGGGUAUCUCUUUUAAAUAGUACCUCCCGAUUUAGUAACAAAAUACAUAUUUCACCGACUCGACUCGGGAGGCGUUUGACGUUGACGAUGAUUUCGCACCUGUGCUCACUCAUAUUCUAAAGUGGACUGUUCAAACGUUCGAUCCUUGUGGCUGGAGGGAGAUACUAUUAGCCCACAAAAGCUGGUUAAGGGAAAGCAUACACGUAGCUCCAGCGGCACUGAAAAAGCUGUUGUGCGUAGCUAAUGCCUCAAAUGAGUGUCUGCUAGUAAAAUUUUGUUCUACCGCUUGCUUGGAUGGUGCACAGAGCUUCACAUGAAUCGUCCAAGUGCGCCAUAAAGCAGCUUCUUUGCACCUUCACGUCGUUGAAGACGGACGGGGCGGAAUCGCUUUGGUCAUAGACUGGGACCAGACAACUUGCCUUUGUUGCUCAAGCCUGUCUCGACUGACAGAAAUCUUUCUCUACGGGGGCAAGCCAGAUACCUUCAUCGUGUCUUUGCCAAUGCAUGCUGGCUAGCUAGUGGUGUCUUUGCCAAUGCCGCUUUUUGCUGGAAACCACAUAAAUGAGAUGAGUUGUAUUCAAGCAAGAACAAGACGAAACUAUCUAAUUCUAAAGGUCAUGCCUCACCUCCCGUCACGGGAUACUUCAUGACGAUUGCUUUUAGUGCGUUAUGGCUUGAUAUUUUUGGUUUGUGACAAAACCUUGACUGUACCAAGAUGAUGUUACCUUCUCUUUUCAGCGUCUACUACUACUCCACCAUGACAGGCUCCUCUUGUUUCGAUCCAUUCGAAGACAUCUUUCUUCUUCCGUUCAACACAUCAUUCACGUUCUACGUUGGGACACCCCGGCACGACGAUGACACAAAGCCUCUGCCACUGAGGAGUGACAGCCAAGAAGCAGCCUCCGACAAUCAACCACUCGUACGGUACCUUUGCCGACGGUCGUUCCACAGUUUGAAACGAAACGGCUAUCAGCAAGGAAGGACGCAAAUUUUCUAUCGUGUUUUCAGAGGCUCAAAUGAUGGCAUUGACGAUGCAGAUGAUGUUGAUCAUAAUAACUCGCUUGUUAGUUAGGCUUAUUGUACCAUUGAUUGGGUCCACAAUGAAGAGCUUUUCGUCCCUGGGACUCCGGAACCAAUGUGAUUGAAUUGAAUGAAGGGCUGAGGGCAAAAGGCAAGCCAUCAGAUGGAGUCCGCAAACAGGAGUUUGGAGUCCGCAAACAGGAGUUUGGAGUCUGCAAACUGGAGUUUG